AUGGAUGGCAACUACUGUACGCCUACCAUUUGUGAACUAAUUUAUAAGAAUAUAGUUGGUCAGUCUGUUAACCAUAACAGCGCGACCAGAUCCCAAUCCUCUUAUACCGUACGGUUGGUUACGUUAAUAGAGGACAAGAGGACAAUGAGUUGGGCCAACACUAAGAAGAGACCGUCGAGUUCGUCGUCUCAAGGAAGGGAUGGCAGGGAUGGGACGGGUAGUAGCGGUAGUGGGAGUGGAGGACAGGGACGGGAAGGGCGGUCGCGGUCGCCGACGCACUCGCGCAACGGCCGCACCAACUCUGCCGAUGAGUGGCACCGCUCGUCGUCAUCGCCUCGACAACCACUGGGUUCGGGUCCACCCGUGUCUCCACUGCUGGUCAGACGCAGUCCCUCUCCCAACCACUACUACGACUUCGACUACUUCAUGAGGAUGUCCAACAGGAUUCACGACGACUUCCGUGAUGACCACGACCGAGGCAAGUGUCAACACACCCUCCCGACCAAUACAGUCGGAGGGGACUGUCCAUCAAUACAACUUCGGUACUUAACUGACGUCGUGUAUAGAAUAAGUUGUGACAUAUUCAGCAGUGCUGACAAAUUCACUAAACGACUGCCUAUUUAUUGA